UAUGGCCAAAGCAUGUAAAAGUAAGACAUGUUCAGAUACUAAAAAAACUAAAAGUUCUGAAUGUGCUUCUGCCUUAGCUGGAUGUAUCUCAGAUGGAACUAAAUGUAUAGAAAAAGGAAAAUGUUCAGAUUACAGUACUAAAGAAGCUUGUAGUGCUGGUGGUACAGAUGGUGCAUGUGUAUUCAGUCCAACUUCUAGUUCUGCAACUACUGGAGUUUGUAAAUUAUAUACUUAAUGUUCAGAUGCAAAUUCUGAUUAAAUUGCUUGUCAAUCUAUGUCUCAAACUUGUAAAUGGACUGUUGCUACAGGAACUACUCCUAGUUCAUGUUCUAAUCAUACUUGUGAUACAGCUGCUAAAGGAACAGCCAAAUGUGUCACUAUCCCAAGUUUUGAUGGUAAGAAAUAUACUGUUUGUUAACCAUAAGGAGGUAAAUGUGUUGUCGGUGAUCCAAGUUCUUUAACUUAAGAUAAUUGUUAUAAAAUGAGUUAAUACACCUAUAGUUGGAAUGCUUAGACUAAAAAAUGUAUUGCAUGUGGAGCAGGAUCAACUUCAAAUAAUAAUUCUACCUCUGUUAAUAAUAGUAUGGAUAAUACAUCUAAUACAACAACUGAUGAUCAUGGAUAAUAUUUAUAUGUCCUACCCAUUUUGAUUUCUUUUAUAUUCUGA